AUGGGAUUUGUGGGCGUUUACACGGCCAUUUACGACUAUAGCCCACAAGGCGAGAACGAAUUGUCCAUCAAAGAGGGAGACUUGCUCUAUAUCCUCGAGAAAUCCACAGAGGAUGAUUGGUGGAAAGCCAAGAAAAAGGCAGGAGAUGAUGAGGAGGAAGAGCCUCUAGGGCUGAUUCCUAAUAAUUAUGUUGAGGAGGCACAACCUACUGCAAACGCUAAAGCGCUUUACGACUACACUCGUCAAACCGAUGAAGAACUAUCUUUCACUGAGGAAGCCAUUCUUUCCGUCUAUGACACGUCAGACCCGGACUGGACACUCAUUGGCCUGAACGGUGAAUAUGGAUUUGCACCGGCGAAUUACAUCGAAAUCUCCGAGUCGGCGCCUCGGCAUCCCCCAGCCUCGGUCGUUGAACAGCAGCCUGAUCAUACGCGUUCGGCGUCUCUCAGUUCCGCUGGCAGUCCCCUGCAAAGCCCAGCUGCCGCCUUAGCAGAUAUAAUUCACAGAAAAGCGUCCGAACCCGCAAUAGCUGCGCAAAGUCCAGCCGCUCCGCAAUACUCUUCUAUGAGUCCUCCUUCGCGACCUGCGGAUUAUACUCCCGAAGAGUCAGACGAUGAAGUCACGCCUCCAGCCCCUGUGCUACCGCAGCGGCCGCAGUCGCUACAGAUAUCCCCACCUUCGCACUAUACGAAACCUCUCCCUCUUGAACCUCCAGGAGUUGUGGCCUCGCCCCCAUACAAUCGGCUAUCGCAUCGACAUGUGGAUGAAGCGGCAUAUCCCUCACCUGGCGGUUACCAUCUCUAUAACAUUAAUGAAAUGGUCUCAGCCAUGGGGAAAAGAAAGAAACUUCCUACUACACUCGGCAUAAAUAUCGGUACUGGGACCAUAAUGAUCUCUCCGGAGAAGUCCCGUGAUGGGCCUCAGCAGGAAUGGACCGCCGACAAGUUAACGCAUUACUCCAUCGAGGGGAAGCAUGUCUUUCUAGAAUUAGUCCGCCCAAGCAAAAGCGUUGACUUCCAUGCCGGAGCAAAGGACACUGCACAGGAAAUAGUUGCAGCAUUAGGCGAUAUGGCGGGGGCUGUAAGGGCAGAAGGUCUGCGUGAGGUCAUUGCCGCUGGAUCCGGUACAGGCUCAACGCAUAAAAAGGGGCAGAUGCUUUAUGAUUUUAUGGCCCAAGGCGAGGACGAAGUAACUGUGGCCGUCGGUGAUGAGGUCAUUGUCUUGGAUGAUAGCAAGAGUGAGGAGUGGUGGAUGGUUCGCCGACUGAAGAAUGGAAAAGAGGGCGUGGUACCCAGCAGUUACGUUGAGUUGACAGGUACGACGUCAGUUUCGAAUCCGAGUACAACCGGUAUCAAUGCGGGCCGUUCUGCUGUCGAGCAGAAUAGACUGGAGGAAGAACGGCUGGCGAAAGAAGCAAUUAGGUCCAGCAGGAAGCGGGGAGAGAGUGAUCCGAGGGUUUCUGAGGUAGGCCCUGGCAUGCGAUUACCUGCGCGGGGAAGUAGCUUGGCCGGACAUAGCGAUGGUAACGAGCUUUCUACACAGCGUAGCAGACAUUCCAGUAGAUCGGAUGCUAAGGCACCGUCAACCUCCAAACCGAAACCCGAUGCGUCGAAAACGAGAACAUGGACAGACCGAUCAGGCUCUUUCAAGGUCGAAGCUGAAUUCAUCGGCCUCAAGGAUGGUAAAAUUCACCUUCAUAAGCUCAAUGGAGUUAAAAUUGCGGUGCCAGUUCCAAAAAUGUCUGUGGAUGACCUUGAAUAUGUCGAACGUGUGACUGGCGUCUCGCUGGACGAAGAUAAGCCGCUAUCAGAUAUACGUCAUCGCAACCUUCAGAAAUCUGGCGACCGCGGAAAGGCAAGAAUUACAUCUGCUGCUGGAGCCUCCGUAGGACCAGUGAAGCCUGAAUAUGACUGGUUUGACUUCUUCCUGAGCUGUGGGGUAGGGCCUCAUCUUUGUGAACGCUACGCAGCCAACUUUGUCAAGGAUUCAAUGGACGAGGGUAUCCUGCCGGAUAUUACGCCAGAGGUUCUGCGCACGCUAGGCUUGAAGGAAGGAGACAUACUGCGCGUGAUGAAAUACCUUGACAACAAGUUCGGACGUGCAGCAGGGCGUACAAAGAGAAAUGUUAGUUUCGGUGGCGCUGAAGUUAUCGGAAAGGACGAUGAAGGGGAAGACGAAGCAGAUGGUGCGGCCUCAGGCGGGCUGUUCUCCGGUCCUGGAGGAGCCCUGAGAAACAACACCCGGAAAGGCAGACCUGCCCCGCCUGUACAGACAAAUGAUGUUGUUGAUGAGAAGGUAUUCGAGCAGAAAAAGGAGCCAAACCUCGAUACAAAGAAGGCGCCUACGCCGUUGGUUUCGGCUCCAUCUGCCCCCAAACGUGCAAAUACCGGUUUCGAUGACGAUGCCUGGGACGUGAAGCCGUCUAAACAACAACCGCAACCGCCGGCUCGAGAUGCAACACCUCCCCCGGCAACCCAGCCUGCUGCGCAGCCGGCACCUCCACAACAGCCUACAUUGACGGGAUCAAUGAAAGAACUCUCCCUUCUUUCGCCCCCACUUGAGCCCGCAGUUGUUCAUACAACAGGAGCGCAGCAAGCCGCACCACCUCCGGCGCCUGUCCCACAAACUCAAACACAAGCAAUCCCUCCGGCGCCGCAACCACCGCAACCACAAGCUCAGGUGAAUGUAGCAAAUCCAUCUUUUUUUGCUCAGCUAGGCCAGCAAAAGACCGGACCGCAGUUUCAGUCAUCCGUUCCGCAGCCGGGCCCUGUACCCACCUUCGCCCCUCAGCAAACCGGGUUCUCUGUUGAUUCCCCUUCUCAGCCUAUGCCUCCACGGCAGCGACCUCAACCUCCUCCGGCGGCCAUGGCUGCAGGCAGCUUAGUACCUCCGCCACCCGCUCGUCCCUUCUCAGCCCCACAAAAUCCCUCUCAACCGAACGGAUUUGGUCCUCCUCCACUCCAACCUCAGUUGACUGGGUACCAGGGUGCCGCUGGUUUCCAGCCGUCUGUUGCUCCUCCCGGACAGAGUCUUAACGAGAUCAACCAACAGAAGUUGCAGCAACAGUUUGCUCAACAACAGAUCCAACCUCAAAUGACUGGCUUUGGCCAGCAGCAGGCUGGUGUAGGUCCGUUUAUGAUGCAGCAACAACAGCCCGGAUUUGGUCAACCGGUUCAAGCUCAGCCGACCGGCUUCCAGCAGGCGCAGCCAUUCUUAAACGGUCAACAGACUGGGAGUCCAUUUGCGAACCCACCGCCGCAACAACCCGCCGGAUUCCAGGCUAUGCUCUCUCAACCUACCGGCUUCCAGACUUCUUUCUCACCACAGCCCAUUCAGCAACAGCAACCGCAACCUCCGCAACUUCAGCCCCAAAUGACCGGCUCGGUCAACUCAUUCCUUCCACCUGCCUUGCAGCCACAACAAACUGGUGUUAGUGGCUUUGGAGGGCAGGGAUUUGGUCAAGUACCGCCGCCUCCGCCUGUACCCCAACCGCCACCUAUGCAGCCCCUGCAGCCCCAGAAGACAGGACCCGCGCCGCCGGUCCGUUUUGGCGUUGCGCCAGAAACAAAGCGACUCACACCACAACCUACUGGAAGAAAAGCUAAUCUUGCCCAAGCUACGCCUCAAAAUCCUUUUGGAUUCUAG